AUGUCUGGACAGCCCGCCCACACCUUCAAGGUUGCCGAUAUCUCGCUCGCGGCCUUCGGUCGCCGCGAGAUCGAGCUCGCUGAGAAUGAGAUGCCUGGUCUGAUGCAGACCCGCACCAGGUACGCCGGCGAGCAGCCCUUGAAGGGUGCCCGCAUUGCUGGUUGCCUGCACAUGACCAUCCAGACCGCCGUCCUCAUCGAGACCCUCAAGGAGCUCGGUGCUGAGCUCACCUGGACCUCGUGCAACAUCUUCUCCACCCAGGACCACGCUGCUGCCGCCAUUGCCGCCUCCGGUGUCCCCGUCUUCGCCUGGAAGGGCGAGACCGAGGAGGAGUACAACUGGUGCUUGGAGCAGCAGCUCACUGCCUUCAAGGAUGACAAGCGCCUCAACUUGAUCCUCGACGACGGUGGUGACCUCACUGCCCUUGUCCACAAGAAGUACCCCGAGAUGCUCAAGGACUGCUACGGUGUGUCCGAGGAGACCACCACCGGUGUCCACCACCUCUACCGAAUGCUCAAGAACAAGGACCACGGCCUUCUCGUUCCCGCCAUCAACGUCAACGACUCUGUUACCAAGUCCAAGUUCGACAACUUGUACGGCUGCCGUGAGUCCCUCGUCGAUGGUAUCAAGCGUGCCACCGAUGUCAUGAUCGCUGGUAAGGUCGCCGUCGUUGCUGGUUACGGUGAUGUCGGCAAGGGCUGUGCCGAUGCUCUCCGCAGCAUGGGUGCCCGCGUCCUCGUCACUGAGAUCGACCCCAUCAACGCCCUCCAGGCCGCCGUUUCCGGCUACCAGGUCACCACCAUGGAGAAGGCCGCUUCCCAGGGUCAGAUCUUCGUCACCACCACUGGCUGCCGUGACAUUCUCAUUGGCGAGCACUUCGAGGCCAUGCCCGAGGACGCCAUUGUCUGCAACAUCGGUCACUUCGACAUUGAAAUCGACGUUGCCUGGCUCCGAGCUAACGCCAAGUCCGUCACCAACAUCAAGCCCCAGGUCGACCGCUUCCUCAUGAAGAACGGCCGCCACAUCAUCCUCCUCGCUGACGGUCGUCUCGUCAACUUGGGCUGUGCCACCGGUCACUCUUCCUUCGUCAUGUCCUGCUCUUUCACCAACCAGGUCCUCGCCCAGAUCUACCUCUACAAGGCCGGCGACGACGCUUUCGCCAAGAAGUUCAUCGAGUUCGGCAACUCUGGCAAGCUCGAGGUCGGUGUCUACACCCUGCCCAAGCAGCUCGACGAGCAGGUCGCCAACCUCCACCUUGCCCACGUCAACGCUGAGCUCUCCGUCCUCACCGACGUCCAGUCCGAGUACCUCGGUCUGCCCAAGGCCGGUCCUUUCAAGAGCGACAUCUACCGCUACUAG